ACAAGAUUGGAAAAAUAGAAACGAGUUAACCACCUCCAGCCCAAACACAGCACCACCCCCCCUCCACCACCCCGCUGUCUCCCCUCCUCCUCCUCUUCCUCCCGCAGAAGCCGGCGUCCUCCCCCCUCCCGCGACCGCCGCCGCCGCUCCGGCGAGGAUGCCCCCGCUUUAGGUGCAUCCCUGCAUCAGGGAUUCAGUGAGUUUCUGAUGAAUUGAGGACGAGGUGAAGAUUGAUGAGAUGGACGGUACCAUUGCCGAUGCUGUGGGUGCGCCGGGUAUAGAGAAAGAGGUCAAUGGAAAGCCUGCAUUGCCUGAUAGCAUGGAGGAGCAUGAGGAAGCACAUGAGGUGCAAGCCAAUGGUGACCAUUCCGGGGAGAGCGAUGUGAUCAACCCGCCCGAAGAGGCGGGCGGGGAAUCCACCUCGCAUCUUGAUGGCAAGAAGCCUCGCCCUGCCAAGGCAACCCAAAGUCAUGGUCCUAAGGUUGUAAAGUCUAGGAGCCCGAAGAGUGGAGGCGAGGGUCAAGCUAGGAGAAGCACUCCUAGUUCCACUCUUUCUAAAGCACCGGUUGCUCGAGUCUCUCAUGCAGAUUCAAGUACUGGAUCAAAGAUCAAUGGUGACUCCAGUGUUGAUAGGAAUAAAGCUGAGAAGCAAGAGCCUCGCUCCAGUACUAAGGAGACAUCUCUCGAGGACUCAAAGGAGAAAAGGAAAACACAAAAGCCAUUAGGCCAGAAUUCUUCUGUCAAAAAGGAUGAUGAGUCAAAUCCUGAAUCACGAAAGGCUGGAGGCACUCCUGCCUACGGGUUCUCUUUCAAGUGUGAUGAGAGAGCUGAAAAAAGGAAGGAGUUCUAUUCAAAGCUCGAGGAGAAGAUUCAUGCCAGAGAAAUGGAAAUAAGCAAUUUGCAAGCAAAAUCAAAGGAGACUGAAGAAGCUGAACUCAAAAUGCUUAGGAAGAGUUUGAACUUCAAGGCAACACCAAUGCCCAGCUUCUACCAGGAACCAACUCCUCCAAAGGUGGAGUUGAAAAAGAUCCCUCCCACGAGAGCUAGAUCACCAAAGCUCGGUCGCUCCAAGAACAAAUCUGCGGGAGAGACCGAGGAAACUGUCACUCCCCCAGGACGUCCGGUCCGUCUGAGCCUCGACAGCCUCGACGAAAAGGUUUCUCAAAACGGUGUAAAGAAAGCAAACCCAUCAAAUGCUGUGAAGAAGCCCCAGAGGAAGUCACUCCCCAAAUUGCCAUCGGAGGAAACGGGUCCAUUUGAUUCAAGUCAUCUGAAGAACACUGAACUGAGCACAGGUAACAUUCAGGAAUCAGGGUCGACGACACCAAAUCAACAAGAAACUGAGUCGAACACCAGCAUUUCCGAGUCGAUCCAAGACAGGAUUGCAACAGGUGGGCAAGAACUCGACGAACAGAUAAUUGCCUAGAGAAGAUCGAAGAGCCCGGUGGUCAAAUCCUUUUGGUCCGUGAUGGAUGGUGUGCUGAAGCUUUGCCCCCAUAUUGUGCUUUAACUGUUUGAGUAGUAACUAGUUGCCAGUAUUUCUUUUUUCUUUUUCUUUUUUUUUUUGUGACGAACCCUACCUCUUCUUCCUGUGUAUUGCGUUGUCGCGAUGGCUUUUGUUCAUAUAUCGCUAGUGAGGCUCCAGUUGUCCUUCGCUGUGUCUAUUUACUCCUUUGCUGUAAGUGCCCUGCUUCACUGUUAUGUAUAAUCAAUCAGUGAGAAUUUUGUUGCAA